UUUUGAGCGACAUUCCGUUCCAGCGGAAGGUUAGAGGAAAUUUAAUCAUGGCGUCCGGAGCAGGAGAGACACCCAGUGGGCACGACCCUGAACUAGACGAAUUACUGGACAGUGCGUUGGAUGACUUUGACAAACCAUGUGCCCCUCUGCCUCCUGGACCCAAAGCUCAAUCCUCCUCUUCCAGCCAUGGAGCAGAGAAGCCGCCGCCACUGCUUGAGGACUGCAAGCUCUUCGAGACGCUGUUUGAGGGCAACAUGGCGACCCAAGCCCAGCAGGAGUGGGAGAAAGCCAUGACCGAGCUGGCCCAGGAGGAGCCCGACCUGCUCCAGCACUUUCAAAAACUCUCAGAAGCGGCCGGCAAAGUUGGUACUGACACUGCCUCCCAACAAGAGUUCACCUCCUGCCUCAAGGAAACUCUCCGUGGCCUCGCCAAGAAUGCAGACAACCUACAGACUUCGGGACUCGCUGGAGACGAUCUCGUCAAAGCUCUGGAAGGCUUGGGCUUGGACGAGAGUGGCGAGGCCGGCGGCGGCGGUGAUGAUGGCAACAUCCUUCCCAUCAUGCAAUCCAUCAUGCAGAAUCUUCUUUCCAAGGAGGUGCUUUACCCGUCCCUUAAAGAGAUUACGACUAAGUAUCCAGAGUGGUUGGAGGCCAACAAGGCCAGUCUGAGCUUGGAGGACUUCCAGCGCUAUGAGCAGCAGGCCAAGAUUAUGGGAGAAAUCUGCCUGCAAUUUGAGAAGGAGGAAGACAAGGAAGGUGCAUUUGAAAGCAUCAUGGACCUUAUGCAGAAGCUACAAGACCUUGGCCAACCUCCCAAAGAGCUAGCUGGAGACGCGCCUCCUGGCUUAAACUUUGAUAUAGAGUCCCUCAAUCUCCCAGGAGCUCUCGGUGCCGGGGCGGCAGAGCAGUGCUCUGUCAUGUGACAAGGCAGCGUCUCACUCCGAGCACAGACAGCGACGCAACCAAAUGUGUGUGCGUGGCGAUUGCGGCGGGGAUGAGGAUGUUGUUAAUGUUGAAGAUGAAACAAACGUCUGGUGAGAGCGUGACAGUGACGCGGUCCACGUUGGCCUUCGCAUCCAAAAUGAAACCGAUGUGGAGGAGGCUGGGAGAAUCCAACACGCAUACACACACGUCUGUUAAAGCCACUCACAUGAGAACAUUUUAACAUCUGACUUUUUAAAUUUUAACUGCAUUCCCUCCAAAUGAGUGUACUAAACACUGUCCCUGUGUAACGGCAUUUAAAAAUACUGUAAAGUCAAGUCAACAUGCUUCUUUGUUUUGUAUAGUCUCAUCAUGGCACCGAAAAUGAUCAAACAACAACAAGGUUAGUGUUGUUCCAGUGUGAUCUUCCUUAAACAUUUGUCUUUGUGCUGGAUUUGCAACAAGUUACAUUCUUAAUGUAACUGAAUACUUUGUAAUUAUUCAAUGCAUUAGAGAAAACAUUUAAGAAUUCAUGGUUCCCUCAAUGUAAUAUUUCCUCAAGUGUUCCCAUUUGGAGGUAAUGAUCUAAAGUGAUUGAGAUGAUUCCUGACUGCCUUUUUUGCUUUGCUUUCAUCAAGUGUAGGGUUACUGUGUAAACUGCUCCCCUUGAGCCACCACGUUUUUUUUUUUUAAAUCGUGAAGAUUGAUGUUUGAUUUCAGCAGGUCUAUGAAGUUACAACCUCCAUAGUGCUAACUAUAGCUCCUUUUUGUGUGUGUGGGGGUGUGUGUGUGUACACCCCAGAUUAAAAGGUACAAUACAUUAGCAAAUGCCUUAAAAUCCUGAGCACUUUGUGGAUUGAACUGGCCAGGCACCAUUAUAAGGUUGUUCAUCUGUGUGACUAUAGAGACAGAUCCAAAAAUCACAGAGCAAGUAAACCAGCAGGCUGGCAUCAGUUUGUGGAAUAAAGCGGUCGUUGCAAAGGAUGUGGUCGGCUGUGCAGAGAAAAGGUUGGCAGUGUGCACCUUCCAUCGUGCAAUCCAUUCCACACCGGGUCCAAACUAGCAUGCCCCGUGGUUUUGUUUUGCUAACAAAUAUACAAUUUUUUUGCCCAGUUUUGUAAAUACACUAAAUAAAUGAUACGAUGAUGAUGAUA